CUUGCGCGGGUGUUGCCGAAGUUGCAGAGAAGGGGGAGGAGAGGUUCCUUCCCACGGGCGUCGUGCUCUCGCAGGGGCCGCCCAGCAGUCCCCCCGGGCCGGCAACAGCAGAGACACGUCGCUCAUCGUCGCAGCGCGUUCUUCCUCUCGCGUGUGCCAGCGCCUAUUUCAUCUCCUCGUCCGCCUGUGCGUUUCGGCAUCGUCCGCGGCCCUCCGCCCAGCCUCUGGAACAUUCCUGGCGUGCGAGCCCCGCGCCGGGAAUCUCAACAUCCGCCUUGGCACACGAGCGUCGGCCGCAGCGUCGCCCGAGGCCCUGCUCCAGUGGGCCUCUGAACCGCACUCGUCGCCGCAGCAACACCUUGACACUAACACCGCAACUUCACCUUGUCAUGCCCGCUCUGCCUGCUCGCCUGCCUGCUUCCACACAGCGCCCUCGCCGCCGCCGCCGCUGCGACCGCCUGCGCCUCCCGCCACGGCAGCGGCGGUGAGGCUUCACCUCGCGACCUUCUCGUCCAUCACCGAGGAGCGUCGCAGUGCCGCGCCCUCGGGCACGGGGCGAUCGGCGUGGGCGGGCGGAGGCGCAGGAGAGGGGCGGGGGCAGGCAGGUGCAAGGGAACGUUUGCAGAAUCGCAUUGGGCGCGUGUGCAUGCCGAGGAGACGGGAGGCGAACAGGCACAGCGAGGAGACGGCCGACCCGCUCCUCCUUCACUCUCAUGCGGGGGACACGACGCACCUCCCCUCGCGCCCCUCCCUCCCCCACCCCUCCUUUUCUUCCUGCUCCUGCCCCAACGCCCCUGCUGACGGGCAACAGCAGGGCGAGCAGGGAAGGAGCGGCUCGAGCGUGGCCGAGGGAGUCUCUGCCCUGCUCCACUGCGGCCCUGCCCAGGUGUCGCCCCCGCCCCUGUCCUCCACCCGCGGCCCUCCACCCGCGGCCCUCCACCCGUGGCCCUCCAGCCCGGCCGCCGCGCGAGUCCUCCGUGCUUGUGGCGGUCCUCACUGCCGCUGCCCAGCGCCUGCAGCCCCGCCCGGAGCCUGCAUGCCGACCAGGCCAGGAGCCUUUAUUGAUCAUCACCGCAAAAGUCACGUGUGUCGUGGUAGUCAGAAGCUCCCUAAACCAACAAAAAAUCUGGGAGUUUCACGGUUUCAAGGUAGUAUUUUGGAUCGCCCGGGUAUGGCUGUGACGUCGGUACUUCUUCGCUCCUCGGAUCUCGUGACAUCAACCUUGGGCUUAUUACUCCAUAUUCCCGUCUUCCAUUGUCUCAAAAUCUCCCUGUCGGAGCACCGUCACUGGCCAAGUCACAGCGAAUCUCUUGACAUCAACCUUGACCUUAUUACUCCAAAUUACUGUUUUCCAUUGCCUCAAGACCCACUCUAUGAACUUAUUAUGCUUUUAUGGUUCGAGAUGAUUCGGGUGAUCACUGGUGAUUCGGGGUGA